UCCCGUGCCCUGGGAGCGCCGAGGGCUGGCUUGGUGGAGCUUAGCACAGCUCGCUCGGCGCUGCGAGCGGGCGGGGGUGGACAUUGGGCUUCUGUGUGCCAGUCGCAGCCGUUGGCUGGCGGGCGCCCAAUCCCAGGGCAUGCCACCGGAGCCUGGCCAGGACGCACGGUGAAAGACGAGUUUAGUGGCAGGCUUGACCUCUUGGCAGCCAGCAGAAGCCGGCAUCGGGAGCCCAGGCUGGCGGGCCGCUGGGGUCGGGGCUGCAGCUGCGAAAGCCAGGACCCCCGGGUUCGGAGCGAAGGAGGAGGCAUGGCUUCGGUGUUCAUGUGUGGCGUGGAAGACCUGCUGUUCAGCGGCAGCCGCUUCGUGUGGAACUUGACCGUGUCCACGCUGCGGAGAUGGUACACGGAGAGGCUGCGGGCUUGCCACCAGGUGCUGCGGACGUGGUGCGGGCUGCAGGACGUGUACCAGAUGACAGAAGGCAGGCACUGCCAGGUGCACCUCCUGGAUGAUAGGAGACUGGAGCUGCUGGUUCAGCCCAAACUUUUAGCAAGAGAGUUGCUGGACCUUGUGGCUUCCCAUUUCAACCUGAAAGAAAAGGAGUAUUUUGGAAUAACGUUUAUAGAUGACACAGGUCAGCAGAACUGGUUACAAUUAGAUCACCGAGUUCUUGAUCAUGAUUUGCCCAAGAAACCAGGCGCAACCAUUUUGUACUUUGCUGUGAGGUUUUACAUUGAGAGCAUAUCGUUUUUAAAGGAUAAAACCACCGUGGAGCUGUUUUUCCUGAAUGCCAAGACCUGUGUGCACAAGGGGCAAAUCGAAGUAGACAGCGAAACCAUCUUCAAGUUAGCAGCGUUUAUUUUACAGGAAGCCAAGGGAGAUUAUACCAGUGAUGAAAAUGCCAGGAAAGAUUUAAAGACAUUACCAGCCUUUCCAACCAAAACUCUUCAGGAGCAUCCAUCCCUUGCUUACUGCGAGGACAGGGUAAUUGAGCAUUAUUUGAAAAUCAAAGGUCUCACUCGGGGUCAAGCUGUGGUUCAGUAUAUGAAAAUAGUAGAAGCUCUACCAACUUAUGGUGUCCAUUAUUAUGCAGUAAAGGAUAAGCAAGGACUUCCUUGGUGGCUUGGAAUUAGCUAUAAGGGAAUUGGCCAGUAUGACGUACAAGACAAGGUGAAGCCUCGGAAGUUAUUCCAAUGGAAACAGCUGGAGAACUUAUAUUUCCGUGAGAAAAAAUUUGCUGUUGAAGUUCAUGAUCCACGAAGGAUUUCAGUGUCAAGAAGAACCUUUGGGCAAAGUGGCCUCUUUGUGCAAACAUGGUAUGCUAACUCUUCUCUCAUCAAGUCCAUUUGGGUAAUGGCAAUUAGUCAGCAUCAGUUUUACUUGGACCGGAAGCAAAGCAAAGCAAAAAUUCCUUCAGCCAGGAGUUUAGAUGAGAUUGCAAUGGAUUUGACUGAGACAGGAACACAGAGAGCCUCCAAGCUGGUGACACUGGAGGCGAAAAGUCAGUUCAUUAUGGCGAGCAAUGGCAGUUUAAUCUCCUCAGGUUCUCAAGACUCAGAAGUUAGUGAGGAGCAAAAGAGAGAGAAAAUCCUUGAACUAAAAAAGAAGGAGAAACUGUUACAAGAAAAACUUCUGAAAAAGGUUGAGGAGCUUAAGAAGAUCUGUCUGCGGGAGGCUGAGCUUACAGGCAAAAUUCCAAAGGAGUAUCCCCUGAACAUAGGCGAGAAGCCUCCUCAGGUCAGAAGACGUGUAGGUACUGCGUUCAAAUUAGAUGACAACUUGCUGCCGAGUGAAGAGGAUCCUACUUUGCAAGAGCUGGAGAGUAAUUUCCUAAUACAACAAAAGCUGGUGGAAGCUGCAAAGAAACUUGCCAGUGAGCCAGACCUUUGUAAAACUGUGAAGAAAAAGCGAAAGCAAGAUUACACAGAUGCAGUGAGAAAGCUCCAGGAGAUUGAAAAUGCAAUAAACGAAUACCGAAUUAGAUGUGGAAAGAAACCCAGCCAGAAAGCAACAGUGCUACCAGAAGACAUAAUCCCCUCAGAGAGUAGCUCUUUGUCUGAUACCACCACGUAUGAUGAUCCCAGUGACGCCUUCUCUGUUGCUGGGCCGCGAUCAAGUUCAGUACCUCAUUCUCCAAGAAUUCUUCCCCCUAAGUCUCUUGGUAUUGAGCGAAUCCAUUUCAGAAAGUCGUCCAUCAAUGAACAGUUUGUGGAUACCAGGCAGUCCAGAGAAAUGCUGUCGACACACAGCAGCCCUUACAAAACUCUGGAGAGGCGGCCCCAGGGAGGACGAAGCAUGCCCACCACACCAGUACUCACCCGAAACGCCUACAGCAGCAGCCACUUGGAACCCGAAUCUUCGUCUCAGCACUGCCGCCAGCGGAGUGGAAGCCUAGAGUCCCAGUCCCAUCUGCUCUCUGAGAUGGACAGUGAUAAGCCAUUUUUCUCCCUCUCCAAAUCCCAAAGAAGCAGCAGCACAGAAAUCCUCGAUGAUGGGUCUUCUUAUACAAGCCAAUCAAGCACAGAGUAUUAUUGUGUGACACCAGUUAGCGGCCUCUAUUACACCACCCAAACCCUGGACACUCGCACCAGGGGUCGGAGGAGGUCAAAGAAACAGAAUGUUUCUACUUCAAAUUCAGGAAGCAUGCCCAACCUAGCACAAAAGGAUAGUUUGAGGAAUGGUGUCUACUCAAAGAGUCAGGAGCCACCACCUUCCAGUUACUACAUUGCCGGGUACACACCCUAUGCAGAGUGUGACUUCUAUUACAGUGGUGGUUAUGUCUAUGAGAAUGACACCGAGGGACAGUAUAGUGUCAACCCUUCCUACCGAUCCUCAGCCCACUAUGGAUAUGAACGCCAGAGGGACUACAGCAAAUCCUUUCACGAAGAUGAGGUCGACCGGGUGCCCCAUAACCCAUAUGCAACUCUCCGGCUGCCAAGAAAGGAUGCCACAAAAUCUGAGCACAUCACCAAAAACAUCCACAAGGCCUUAGUUGCCGAGCACCUGCGUGGCUGGUACCAGCGGGCCUCUGGGCAGAAGGAUCAGGGCCACAGCCCACAGACUAGCUUUGAUUCAGACAGGGGAUCACAGAGAUGUCUGGGGUUUGCGGGCCUGCAAGGACCUUGUUCUCCAAGCAGUCGUGCAUCCUCCUACUCUUCAGUGUCUUCUACAAACGCUUCUGGGAACUGGAGGACCCAGUUAACCAUAGGGCUGUCGGAUUACGAGACUCCAGCACAUUCUUCUUACACCAGCUGCUAUGGCAAUGUCUAUAAUCCUUUACCCUCUCCAAGCAGACAGUACACAGAAAUCAGUCAACUGGACGGUACAGAUGGACACCCGCUGGAAGACAGCCUGGAGAGUAGCGAGCAGAGACUCUUUUGGCAUGAAGACUCCAAACCUGGAACAUUAGUCUGAACUGCAGUUGGACCUCUUGACCAAGCACUGCAUUCUCACACUAGUGUGCCUUGCAAAUUGUAUUUGUCUUCCCAGAGGAUGUUGGCUUUAGAAACCUAAAGACAUCAAAGGUUGAAGAGAAGACUUAGUUGCCCUGGAAGUGAAUCAGUGAAUCACACAGUAAGCCCCACAAAGCCCCUGAAGAGUGACUUGGACUUUCAAACUCUAGGCACUAAUCUAACAGCAGAGUCUGCCCCCACAUUGAAGCAUUGCCAAGAGAGGACUCAGUGUGAAGCCUUCAUUAACAGCAAGCACUUUUAAAGGGAAUAGAAGUUGUUAAAGGCAAACCUCAAAACCAUGAAAGGACAUUCAGGAUGUCCCAUGGCAAUAAGGACAGGGGAAAUCUCAGAGCACAAUUCAGCAGGAUAAGAAAAGGGGAACCAGAAGCUCCGGAGUCAUUGCUCACAUCACCGAGUUUGAAUUCGUGAGCUGAUGAAGAAUAAUAUGCUCUUUCUACACACACAUGGACAAUUUAGACAGUAUUGGAAAAUUACUUGAAGCUGGAUUUUCAUGAAGUUCUGAAUGAGUGUAAAUGUUUUUUAGGAUACGAUAAAGAGCGAUGUUUUUCAUAAGCACCGUAAAGGGUUCUGGAAAAACUUAUUACCGUAGCAUCCUGUAAUAUAACUUAUGGUAGCAGAUUGGGGAAAACGAAGCAGCCCACUGAAUAAUUGACAAACUCUGCUUGGAGAAUUUUCUUAGGUACAAUAUCAUUGAGCUCCUUUUCCCUUUCUCCACUAAUUGCAUGAUGAGCUAUUGUUCUGGCUGGUAAUUCUCCAACUUGGUUGUCAUUUGAAGUGGCAGACUUAAUGUGGAAAGUUUUUAUGAGUUUGAAAAAGUAUUUUAAGAUGAUACAGAAAGCAUCCAAAACAACAGCAAAAAAAAAAAAAAAAAAAAAAAAAAAGCCAUGUCAUUUUGGAUGAAUUGUGUGCCUUAAAAUGGUGAACAUUAGAAAAUUAAACGAGUCUGGAUUCCGCAAAUGGUUCCAAGUCACCAUGUGACAAAAACAAGGUUAACAU